ACCUGCGCAGGAAUCGGUGCGACGGUGGGAGGAAGGAUAAGGAGGAUCGAGGCACACAGAGUGCUAUUGUUUCAGCCUGUGUGAAGUUUGGGUUGUUUGUAUAAUGCAACGGUUGUGUAAGUCUGGACCCACUUUCUGAUCCUCUUAAUAUCAGCCAGAAUCCUCCAUCAUGGGACCGGUUAUGCUGCGAGUCCUGCAGCUGCCAGAGGGCCCCACACACACACACACACACACACACACACACACACACACACACUGACUGUCCGACUCCCUGGGUUCCACUGACUUAGACUGAGAAGUUACAGAAGGAGCUGUGCCAAAUCAUGGAGCAUUAAACAGUGGCAGAGGAAGACUCUGCGAUUAUAUAAAGUGUGAAAUGGGUCACGGGGCCAGAGGUCAGUGUGUCGCCGUGCAAACAAACAAAUACAAGACUUCUCCCAUAAACUCUCAUCAUAAGAAGAAUGAAAGGAGCUUAUGGAGAAAACGGGAGCUGCAUCAUAAGACCAGCGAUGAAACACCACUGCAAGACGGUCAUGCUUAAAUUCCUCCUCCUCCUCCUCCUCUCGCUGCUGACAAUCGGCGGUUAUUCUCUGUUUUUCUCACUGCUUUUCGGCCGUUUGAUAAAUGUCAGCGGAGUGAUGCCUGAUAGUUCGCUACCGUGUGAUCACAAAUGAUGGAGGUGUCUGUGCAGGAACGCGCUGCUCUCCACCUGCAGCAACUCCUCGUUCCUUCCACAGUAUUUAGAGAAUUUACAUAUCAGUUCAUCUUUGCUCUUCCCUCUUCUGCGUCAGUGCCAAAGUAGAAAAUGGUCUUGACAGUGCACUCAGAUGUACAAAUUCAUGGGUUCAUAAAUAAUUGUAUGGCAAAUUAAACUGGGACUUUAUGUUAUUAGUUCAGGUACGUCCCACGCCUCUUUGACUAAAUAAAUGCCCCUUUUCCUAUUUAAGCAGUGCAAAACUAUUUUUAAAAUAUUUUUCACACUGAUAUUAAAUAUUGUGAAAUGGGGAAAUUAUUCUGCUUUAAUGCUCAGUAAGAUAAAUACCAGGACAACACAAGCCACAGCUCCAAUGUGAAGUUCCUCCUCCUCUCAUACAGUCAUUUGGAUCGCAUUGAUUUCGAAUAACAGCGCUUAACUGCUCUUUAACAGACGCGUAAGAGGAAUCGGAGAAGGCGACGACAAACCACUCCACUGACUCUCUGGGUGUGAAUGAACAAACGGUUCCACGGGCGAACGCGCACAGACCCACUGACACACUCGGAGGCUUCCCCAGAGCGGGGAUUGGAGGAGAGAGAGAGCGAGAGAGAGAGAGAGAGAGAGAGCGUCUACAGCUGCUGCUGAUGCUCCAGCGGUUCCGUCAGAGUGGGAUGUAGAGCGAUGCGUGAUGUCUCGGCCACUCUAGAGCAUUAGAUCUUCGCCUCUCUCACGCAGCCUCCUUGACUGACGACCUGCAUGGAUUCCAGGCUGCUGGGCGGAAAGGGGCUCCCCACGUCGGACCCAAGCGCCCGCGCGCCGUGGAACCUCAGCUCCAUCAACCCGCACCGCUUAAUGGAGCUGUCUCCGGUCGCUACACCUGGCUCUGCGAGUCCCAACCGCCCGUUUCCCACCGUCGACGUCCCCGACCACGCCCACUACAUCAUCGGCGUGGUCAUCAUGGCCGUGGGCAUCACGGGCAUGCUGGGAAACUUCCUGGUCAUAUACGCCUUCUGCAGGAGCAGAGGCCUGCGCACGCCGUCCAACGUCUUCAUCAUUAACCUUGCGGUGGCCGACUUCCUCAUGUGUCUCACGCAGACCCCCGUCUUCUUCAUCACCAGCAUGCAUAAGCGCUGGAUCUUCGGAAACAAAGGCUGCGAGGUGUACGCCUUCUGUGGAGCCCUCUUUGGGAUCUGCAGCAUGAUGACCCUGAUGGUGAUCGCGGUGGACCGGUACAUGGUGAUCACCCGGCCGCUGGCCUCCCUGGGUGUGAUGUCCAGCAGGAAGGCCCUGAACAUCCUGGCCGUGGUGUGGCUCUACUCCAUGGGCUGGAGUCUGCCCCCGUUCUUCGGCUGGAGCGCCUACGUGCCCGAGGGCCUGAUGACCUCCUGCUCCUGGGACUACAUGACCUUCACCCCCUCCGUGCGCUCCUACACCAUGCUGCUCUUCACCUUCGUCUUCUUCAUCCCCCUGGCCAUCAUCGUCUUCUGCUACUGCCGCAUCUUCAGGGCCAUCCGGCACACGACCCGAGCGAUAGCGAGGAUGAACUGCGAGGGGGGCAAGGACUCGGCCAAGAGGUUCCAUAAGAUGAAGAGCGAGUGGAAGAUGGCCAAGAUCGCGCUGGUCGUCAUCCUGCUCUUCGUCGUCUCCUGGGCCCCGUACUCGUGUGCGGCCCUCACCGCGUUCGCUGGAUACGCUGACCUGUUGACUCCUUACAUGAACUCUGUUCCCGCUGUGAUCGCCAAAGCAUCUGCCAUCCACAACCCCAUCGUCUACGCUAUAACGCACCCAAAGUACAGGUCGGCCCUCGGCAGGUACGUUCCCUACCUGGGCGUCCUGCUGUGCGUGCCCGGCAGGGACCGCUUCAGCAGCAGCAGCUUCCAGUCCACGCGCCGCUCCACCCUCAGCCAGUCAGAGAGCAGAGGGCCCGGCAAGCUCCGCCCCUCGUCCCAGUCUGAGAGCGAAUCAGCCCACUUCUCAGACACGGAGGAGGACUGCUCCACCCGCACGCCCGUUGGCCGCCAGUCGUCCGGCGAUGGCAAACAGGUGCGCCGCGUCAGCCAGAGGUCAAAAGUCAAGGGUCACAACGCAGGAGGAGCUGAGUCCACUGACCCGGUCAGGGGUCACCUCUCUCAGAUGCCUGACUCGAGGCCGAGGACUGCGUCUCAGAGAUCCUCGUCGGUCAUCAUCACCUCCGUGUCCGGCCCGUCUGUGCUGCCCGGUCCCCCGGACGACCCAGAAGUGAACCAGAUGGAGCUUCUGGACAUCGGCAGACUGAAGACGACAGCGUGAACGGCUGGAGAAGCUGCCGUGGGCGAUGGUAACGCAAAGCAAGCGCAUAGUUGGAUUCAGAGGAUGUUUUUUGCAUACGUUAUGUAAGUAUGUUUGGAAAUGAUUUCCCUCAGAGCAGGAGGCAAUUAAUAAUUGCCUUAAACACAAUGUGACAAGUUAUGUUUGGUUCAGCUUUUACUAUUUAGUCUUGGUUCAGACUUUCUACCAUAGUUUUUACCUACAUAACAAUUUAUUUCCUGAUUUCUUUUGGUUUCAAAGUAAUAUAUGUAUAAAAUAUAUAAUCUUGCCGAAAAGUACAUCCUCCUAGAAGUUUAACAAAACUGUUUUUAUUCAUGUCAUGUUGGUGUUUUUUUUAUUCUGUAUUGAUGAACGUACAAAUAUUUCUUACAAAUAUUCACAAUAAUGUCCAUUACAAUAUAAGUUUUUGUGGUUGUGCUUUGAUCACAGAGUCAAAACACAACAACUUUAUUUGUAUGUCUUGAAAACGACGAAGGCCGUUUGCUGCCUGAACCACACGACUUUGCAUCCUCUCAACAAAACCUGCUGCUUUCAACACAAUAGCACUAAUAACAGGUUUCCAUGGGGACAUACUGUACAAAUCCAGAGACGUCUUCUCACUCUGUUUGAGCCAUGGUUUAAACCCUUAAAGUCUCUUUGCUGCGUGAGUGCUGCAUCAGAAUUCCCUUAGUCUCCAUCCUAUGUAUUUUGUACUGUUCUUGGUCAUUUGUGAAUAUACUGCUAAUACAGGACAGUGCUUAACAAGCUCUGCUUCGGACUAGGAAGUGGAAGCGCCACAGAUUCAAAUGAGGAUUAACACUCUACUUUAAGCAGAUUGAAUAUGCAGAUUUAAGCCACAUUAAGCUUGUUACAGUACUACUUUCUGUAACUACGGCUGAAACCUGCUUUGUGGAGCUGUAAACAGCGUUGCUUAGCUCAGCUAAAGACUCGCGAACCCCCUUGUUCUGUUUUGCUGAGGUUUGUGUAAAAGACAACACAAAUGAAACAAGUCAUCAAGCGCAUCCCGUUGUGAGAAGUGAGCCACACGCUGGUGUGACAAACUGCACACAUGCAACAGGUCAGAGGAAAAUGCUGCCACUUUGUUCCCCCCUCUGGCUUUCUCAAUGAUUUUUCCAUUGCUGCUGUCACGAAGUGUCCAGCAGAUCGGCCCGUUCCUCCUGGACUUGAUGAGUGUUUGAUUGGAAGCUUGAGCUUGUGACAAACUGGAAACUGGACUCUGACGUCGCUCUUGAUGCCAAAUAGCUUCACUCUUUCUGCCAAAACAGACCUACACAAACGCUUCACGGACUUUCCAAAGCUCCACAUCUGUGCAUUCGUUGUGAGAUAGUUUCACUUUGUACUGAUGCUGCUCCAGUUGUUGUGACUGGUAAAUGAAUCAGUGAGGGAUCAGUACGUAGAUGCUGGACUGAGGCGCUCUGACUGCAGCUAGAGGGAGGCCAGAGAUGCUAGUCUUCAGAGAGUUUGGGGUUAGAGUUGUUAUAGUUGUGUGUGUGAAGUGACUGUUGAAUGUUUCUGAACGUGAACAUUAGGUAAUAGGUAAUACACAUUUUUACAGGUGCUAAACAUACGCACAACCUGGUGACAGGCUGUUUUCGUUGUGGUGCGUCACGCUUUGGCCCCGAUAGUCUGUACAAGGCUGGGUGAAAAUGAUAAGGUGAACUUAUCUCUCUGUAAAAGCUGAGGGUUUAAUGAGAGCUCCAUUCAAAAGGCCCCGGACGUAAACGUGGUGGAGGAAUAACUGUACACUGUGGAAUAUACGUUGAUGGAUGAAUGACUGUUCAAAUUUCAUUUUGACCAACUCUGAGCUUCUUCUUUUAAUGAAGAAGAAGGAGAAGCAUUCACAGGCUUUAGGAAUUACCUCAGGAAACUCUAUUGUAGCAUGAGCUGGAACUAUACGUAAGGUCUGGAAUGAACGCUGGGAUUCCAUCAGUGAAUGUGUGACGGGGCUCUAAUGUUCAUGACAAGAUAAAACCAACUGUGGUAUGUACAUAAAUUUAAGUUCUCCUUUUCAUGUGAUGUUUCACAGUAUUUCUGUGUGUGCACAAUGCUUUGUCUAAAUUAUAAUUAUGAUUUCUAUGAAUAAAAACAGAUCAAUUGUGACUGAA